AUGGUCGAAGUUCAAGAGGUGCCUGAAGGUCAUGAUGAAUAUUCUGACGAGCAUUCAGAUAACGACGACACUAGCUCUUUAGACUCGGGUUCUUCUGAAGAACCUGAAUCUCUUUCAGAACGAUUAGCAGCUUUACGUGAUAUUGUACCAGAAGAGACGCGUGAAUCGAUAGCAAAUAAUGUUUCAACAUUAGCGGGCUUUGGCUUGAAAACUGCACGAUUUCUAGGAAAUGUAUUUUGGGUUUUAACCACUUCUGCCAUAAUUUUGGUUUUACCUUUAGCGCUGGAACUUGAAAAAGAGCAUCAAAUUAUCCAACUUGAAAAUGAACAAAAAGCCUUAAUGAGUGGUCAACCUAGCAAUCCUUAUGGACAACCAGGCCAAAUAAGUCCUUUUGGAGCGCCGGGACAACCCCAACAACAGCGAAUGUUGCCUCCCGGAUUUAACUAG